ACCGCUGCCGCAGCGGGCUCGUCCAGAAGGCGUGGUCAAGUUGCAGAGGCGGGGCCAACCCCUCCGCUGUGAGGUGAUGAAUGGAACGCCGAGGGCUGAGCUGAUGUGCGGUACCGCUCCGGAGCGAAGGUUUAAUGCGAGGAUCCCGUGAUUGUAGCCGCUCAGCAGCCACGUCUGUAAAGAAAUGGGAAGCGGAGGACUGCGGACACGCGGGGGAAUUGAAGGACUAGCCGCUGUCCACGCUCCGGGACGCCUUCCACAUUGGAUUUUGACGGACUCUUAAAAGUUCCGAAGUUUCCUUUGUCGCUUCGGACGGUCGCCUGCUUUUCCAGUGGAGUAUUUGCGUGCGUGCGUGCGUGUGGUUAUUUUUUUACGGGUUUUUUUUUGUUGCUUUUUUCGAGUCUGCGAUCUGUGGAAAGUACUCGCAUUCCCCACCGGGGUUUCCAGUGAUUCUUAUCUUGUAAAUCUUUUAUUAUUUUUUUUUUAUUUGUUUAAAAGUGGAGAUCGUGAAAGUUGUGAGGAGCGCAGCAUCCGCAGCUGGACUCGCCUUGCGAGGGCCCGUCCGUUCCACGCGCAGGAUCUGUUGAUCUUCGAGAGGAAAUCGCCGUCCCGGAGGAGAAAUGGGGAACGUGGAGAGCGUGGAUGGGUCGACGGAGUUCAAGCCGCACAUCCUGCCCCUCAAACUGCCCAUGCCCGAGCAGUGUGAACUGGAGGAGAGGUUCGCGCUAGUGCUGAACUCGAUGAAUCUCCCGCCGGACAAAGCGAGACUGCUGAGGCAAUAUGACAAUGAGAAGAAGUGGGACCUGAUCUGUGACCAGGAGAGAUUUCAAGUGAAGAACCCGCCAUACGCGUACAUUCAGAAGUUACGAGGAUUCCUGGACCCUGGAGUCACCCGGAAGAAGUUCAGACGACGAGUCCAGGAGUCGACCAAAGUGCUGCGGGAGCUGGAGAUCUCACUGCGGACCAAUCACAUCGGGUGGGUUCGUGAGUUUCUCAACGAUGACAAUAAGGGUCUGGAUGUCCUGGUGGAGUACCUCUCCUUCGCCCAGUGCGCUGUCAUGUUUGACUUUGAGGGUCUCGACCCAGGGGAGGACGCCGGCACCUUAGACAAGUCGAGAUCCUGGAGCAGGUCUAUCGAAGAUCUGCACCAGAGCAAUGGGCAGCCGGUCAGCAGCAGCCUGGCACGCUCUGCCCGCCACUCUGUCCUACGGUACAGCACCAUGUCCAGCAGAAAGACCCUGAAGAACUCGAGGCUGGUCAGCCAGAAGGAUGACGUCCACGUUUGCAUCAUGUGCCUACGGGCCAUCAUGAAUUACCAGUACGGGUUCAAUCUGGUUAUGUCGCACCCUCAUGCUGUCAAUGAAAUCGCGCUCAGCUUGAACAACAAGAACGCCAGAACGAAAGCCUUAGUCCUGGAGCUGCUGGCUGCUGUGUGUCUCGUGAGGGGAGGCCAUGAGAUCAUUCUGUCAGCAUUUGACAAUUUCAAGGAGGUCUGUAAGGAGAAGCAGCGAUUCGAGAAGCUCAUGGACUACUUCCAGAACGAGGACUGCAACAUCGACUUCAUGGUGGCCUGCAUGCAGUUCAUCAACAUCGUGGUGCACUCCGUGGAGGACAUGAACUUCAGGGUGCACCUGCAGUUCGAGUUCACCAAACUGGGCCUGGACGACUUCCUUGAGAAAUCGAAACACACAGAGAGUGACAAGCUGGCUGUGCAGAUUCAGGCCUACCUGGACAACGUCUUCGAUGUGGGUGGACUGCUGGAGGACGCCGAGACCAAAAAUGUGGCGCUGGAGAAGGUUGAGGAGCUGGAGGACCACCUGUCACACCUGACCGAGAAGCUUCUAGACCUGGAGAACGAGAACAUGAUGAGGGUGGCCGAGCUGGAGAAGCAGCUGCUUCAGAAGAACAAGGAGCUCGAGGUCGUGCGGGAGACGUACGAAAUGACGAGCACACAGGUGCAGACGCUGCGCCGCGUGAUCAAGGAGAAGGACGCCGCCUUCCAGCGACACACCAACCUGGAGAAGAAGCUGCAAGAACUCGAGCAGCAGGGGUCCAUCCGCGUGCGCAAGCAGGCUGACGGGGACAUCGACAUCCUGCCAAUCGGGGGUGGGGAGGGGUUUGAGCUAGUAGGUGUUGUGCCAGCAGAGGUGCCCACUCCUGCACAGGAAAUGCUGCCACCGCCACCACCACCACCACCGCCGCCUCCACCUCCACCACCACCUCCACCAUUGCCGUCAGCCCCAGGUGAUUUCCUCCCGGCUUUGGCUCCUCCCCCUCCACCCCCACCUCCGGCAGCCCCGCCCCUUCCUGGAGCAUCACCCUCGGUCAUCCUCAGCGUCGGCCUGUCUGCCAUACGUAUCAAGAAGCCCAUCAAAACGAAAUUCCGGCUGCCCGUCUUCAACUGGACGGCCCUGAAGCCGAACCAAAUCAACGGCACUGUAUUUAAUGAAAUCGACGACGAGCGGAUUCUAGAGGAGCUGGAUCUGGACCGCUUUGAGGAGCUCUUCAAAACUAAGGCCCAGGGGCCUGUCGUUGACUUGUCCUGCACGAAAGGCAAAGUGACCCAGAAGCCGAUCAACAAGGUGACCCUCCUGGAAGCCAACCGGUCCAAGAACCUGGCCAUAACACUACGAAAGGCGGGCAAGAAUACGGAGGAGAUCUGCAAAGCCAUUCACACGUUUGACCUAAAGGCUUUGCCCAUCGACUUCGUCGAGUGCCUGAUGCGCUUCCUGCCCACCGAAGCCGAGGUGAAGCUACUGCGGCAGUACGAGCGGGACCGCAAGCCCCUCGAGGACCUGGCCGAGGAGGACCGCUUCAUGUUGCACUUCAGCAAAAUCGAGAGGCUCACGCAGAGGAUGAGCAUCAUCACCUUUGUGGGCAACUUCGAAGACAACCUGAACAUGCUGACCCCGCAACUCAAUGCCAUCAUCGCGGCAUCAGCAUCAGUGAAAUCCUCUCAGAAGUUGAAACGGAUGCUAGAGAUCAUCCUGGCGCUGGGGAACUACAUGAAUAGCAGCAAGCGAGGCUCUGUCUAUGGGUUCAAAUUGCAGAGUCUGGACCUGCUUCUGGACACAAAGUCCACUGACCGGAAAAUGACCCUGUUGCACUACAUUGCUAUCAUUGUGAAGGAGAAAUAUCCGGAAAUCGCAACUUUCUGGCACGAACUGCACUUUGUUGACAAGGCAGCAGCUGUGUCCCUGGAGAACGUGCUGCUGGACGUGAAGGAGUUGGGCAAAGGAAUGGAGCUGAUCCGACGUGAGUGCAGCCUCCACGACCACAGCGUCCUCAAGAACUUCGUCACCAACAACGAGAGCAGGCUAACCAAGCUGCAGAGGGACGCCAAGACAGCUGAGGAGGCCUUCAAUGCUGUGGUGACCUUCUUUGGCGAGAAUCCCAAGACGACUCCUCCAUCCGUCUUCUUCCCGGUUUUUGUCCGGUUUAUUAAGGCCUACAAGGAAGCGGAGGUGGAGAAUGAGCAGCGGAAGAAGCAGGAGGCGGCCAUGCGGGAGAAGAUGCUGGCACAGGAGGCCAAACAGAAUGAUGCCAAGGUCCAAAGAAACAACAAGCGACAGCAGCAACACGACCUGAUCGUAGAGCUGCGCCGGCGGCAGGCCAAAGAGCACCGGCCCGUGUACGAGGGCAAGGACGGCACCAUCGAGGACAUCAUUACGGUGUUGAAGAGCGUGCCAUUCACGGCACGGACCGCCAAGCGGGGCUCACGCUUCUUCUGCGAUUCGGCCCUCUGUGACGAGUCCAACUGUUAGCGGUCCCCUUGGUUGCCACCAUGACCAGAUCUGAGGAGUCAGCCCUUCCUGCGAGUCGACGCCGUGCUGCGGAGUGGCUGGAGGAGAGAGUGAGCAGAGGGAAAGCUGGUGGUCCGCAGUAGACGUCGUCCGGCUCCGGGACCAACGAAGAUGUACGCAAUGGCCCACCCGAAGGAUGCCAGGCUGCUUGGCGCCGUCUUCACCCAAGCCAAAUAUGCCUUUCUACCGAAGUGCCUCGAGUAUUCGCCAGUAUUAUUGCCACGCUGCAGUGCGUUAGGCUUGACCUUAUUUUAAGGUUUUAUGUUUGUUCUUAAUGUAUUUUAUUUUUUUUUAAUCUUAUGUUUUAUAUCAUAAACUGUAAACUGGACACGCAUGGGCUGGUCGGAGUAGGGGGGCUUGGCUUCAGUGUGGGGUUUUUAAGCACUGGGCCUCCUGGUUUGCUUAUAUCACCCUCCUGUGCACAUAAAAAGGAGGGGCAGACCCCACAACUGCAGCAGUGCCUUGAGCCCCCCCAAUAAAAAGCAGCCAUGCUGUACCCCCUCUCCUAUCCCACCUUUUUAACUUGUGUGACAGUACUGCAUCGUCCAAAACUCGCUCCCCCAAUUCCUACAUAUUGAUUGAUCCCAACUAUGUAUUAUGCCUUACACCGUUACAGAAGACCCCAAAAGCGCAGGGACCCCCAAAACAGAAGGUCCCCAUCACCUAGCUUCACCUUUGCUGUAACUACAUGCUGGUGGUGGUGCUGCCGCCUGUUGGGCGUCCCGGCUCUGUCCCCACUCCUACUGCUAUAAGACCCCAAAAUGCCUGGGCCCCUUCAGGACUCCCCCCCCCUUAGAAGAUCCCCUUCACGUAGCCACACAUUUGCAGUGACUACAGGAGGGUGGUGCUGCCUUUUGGACCUCCCCUCCCAUUACAACUCCGCCCCUCAAUCUGGCCCCGCCCUCACUCCCUGCUAAAGUCCGCCUCUGUGCCUCAGGCCCCACCCCCCCCCCAGACUAAAACAGCAUCAUCCAAAGCCCACAGGGUCCUUUUGCUGCUACACAUUAAGUCUUAAGCCCCCAAAGGUAUUGGAUCGUCAAAUAAGAGCCAAAGCUGCCCCCUCAGCCUAAUAAAGAAGCUGCCCAAACCCACCAUACGCUGCACGUUUACAUUACGCAAGACCCCUUAGCCGAAAAAAGACAUCGGUGUUAUAGCCCCCCUCUCCUUCUAAUAAUGCAACGUUACUGCGUCAUCCAAUUCCCCAAAAUCCUUGUAGACUGAUGCUUCCUCCAAUCCCCCCCCCCCCCCUUUUGAAGGUACCCUUCAACUUUGUAGUAACUACAGCACUUUUGGGCCCCGCCUCCCAUUUUGGCUCCACCCCCCCCACUCAUUGCAGUGUCCACUACAUCAUCAAAAAGACCCCAAACUUGCCCAUCCCCUGUCCCCCUCCGUAUAAAAACGCAGUUCCUUUUUCCCCUCCUGGACUGCAUCAUCCCCCCCCCCAAAACCCAAAAGAAUCCCCUUGUAGGACUGACCACCUUGUCCAGUUAUCUGUUAACUUUUAAACCUCAAAUUCAAUGCACCAAGUAAGACCCCAGCAGCACUUCUUCUUAGGGUCUGACAUCCUUUCCUUAUUUCUCCAUAAUCCU